CGUGUGUUUAGUUUCACUUCCGCACUCCGCUGCUGCCUGUAGCCCGUUAGCCUCCCGGAUGCCACUUCACACGUUUUUAAGAAUAAGCGCGUUUUUACACCAGGACAGGAACCAGCGUGCGGCUGACUGCGUUCAGUUGAACCUCCUGAGCGCAUGAAGGUUCACUUUACCUCACCUGUAUGACGACAUAGCGGCUGUACAGCUCCAUUAGGUCAACCAGGAAGCGACGUUAGCACGAGGAAGCAUCAGCGAGCUACAUGUUUAAACUACUGUUAAACUGUAACUAACAAAGACGCUUCUCACACUCAGUCACGCCAGAGGAAGUCAUGAAGGUGGUCAACAGUCAGGGUGGAGGGCCCUUCCUGGUGUGGACCCUGGUUGUUCAGCUGAUCCUGUGUGGUAGUGGGGUGUACACCUCUGAUGGUACCAAGAACUGUAAACUGUUAUCCGAGGCAGAACGGAAUGUCCUUAAUCGACUAGAGCCACUCGCCCAUAGGAACUUUACAGCGGAGAUCAAGAACGGAAGUGAGAGUUACACCUAUGUGUUCCAGCUGUGUGGGGACGCAGCGGGUGUUCCAAAGGCUGGGGUUGUUCAGUUUGAGAACCAGAAAACAGAAAGCAAACCAACGGUGAUUGGCUUGUAUGGAGCAACAGAGGCCAUUGGAGGAAGCGACUGGGUGAUGCUGAUCUACAGAGACGGUGACAAUUAUGAUCAACACUGCUCCAAGGAAAAGAGGAAAGCCAUGGUCAUGAUCUCUUGCGACAGGAAAACUGACGCGGGCCAAAUGAAGGUGGUGCGGGAGGACCGGGACCGGCUGCAGGAUUGUUUCUACCUGUUUGAGCUGGACUCAAGUGCAGUGUGCCCAGCUCUCGAGUCCCACAUCAGCACUGGCUCCAUAAUACUCAUCAUUGGUUUCUGUCUUCUAGCUGUUUAUCUCAUCGGAGGUUUCCUCUACCAGCGAUUAAUUGUCGGAGCCAAAGGGAUGGAGCAAUUCCCAAAUUAUGCUUUUUGGGUGGAGUUUGGCAAUCUGACAGCGGACGGGUGCGACUUUGUGUGUCGGUCACGUAAUCGGGAGGAAGCCCCAGCUUACAGGGGAGUGGCCUCAGAACCUUUAGAAGAGGAGCCAGAGGAGAGAGAUGACCACUUACUGCCUAUGUGACCUCAACGUGUCAGAAAUGGGACAGAAAUUUUCACUGUGUGACACAGUUUACUCUCUCACAGGUUACAUGAAGUUGCUGUUAGACACAAGUCUUGUUUUCUUUUUUCUUUUUGAGCUGGUUUAGGUUAGGACUUGUCGACACUGUCUUGUAUUCCAGACUUAUGCCUAGGGCAACUACUGUGUGAUCUGCUUGGCACUUGAGAGGGCAUGUUACUCAUAGGGUUGACAGACCUGUCUCCUCUUCCAACCCCCAAACAUUCAUUCAGCUGUUUUAUUUCAAACAUCUGAGUGAUUCAUCUGUGAUGACAGAGUGAUAACAGAAAAUGACUCUUCUUCCAUGGAAAUCUGACACAGGAUUCCUACUUAAUUCAGAUUUUAUGACAUGUUAAUGAUGUUUUUCUGCUUAAGCUAAUUAUUGUCGGUGCAGGUUGCAGCAAGUUGCUUUUCCCAGGUUCUGAUCGUGCACUGACAGUUGCAGGCUACAAAACACACAAGUGCUUUUGCUUGUGUAAAUUUGGCUUUCAUCAGUUUGUUUUUGUGUUUCGAAAAUGCUAUGAGAGAGAUGUUUAAUUUUUAAGUACUGUGACUGUGCUUACACUUUGCCUUGCAGGUUGGAAUCAUUGCAGAAACCAUAGCUCAACUGAUAGUUUCCUUUUUCCCACGUUAUAGGGGAAAGCUUUUACAUCAGUGCUAAUAUCUCCCUAAAAUGUUGAGUAUCGCCGGGUCCUGUCUGAAAAGUUUGGCAGUUGUAACUAAACUCUUACAUUUUUAUCAGAAAGGUCAACAGUGCUGUUAAAUUGAUGCACUAAACGUAGAAAAUUAGAAGCAAGACAUCGUGCUAAAUUAAGAAUUCAACUUAAUGUGACAACCGUAAUGGGCUGUGAGAAAUAUAUGAAUUCUACUAUUCAUUAUUUAUGAUUUGAAAAAGUAUGGUAUAUAUGUAGUAUAUAUGUACUUGUUUUUCCUUAAACAUUCACGGCAGAAGAACAGUAUUUGUAUGAGCAAAACUGUUAAAUAAUUAAUAUUACAGAGGGUAAACUGAUCUGGGAACCUACGUAACAAAACACACCAACAUUAUUAAGGAGACUGUACUUCUCUUUGACCAAAUAUUAAGGCUGCUUCCUGUCUGAUGCUUUGCUUCUUUUGGAGGAUAGCGAGGCAAUAAAAGCACUUAAUUUACUGCAAUAUUGUUAUAGAUUUCAAACAAUUAAUGCUAAAGAUGAAAGCAGGAUUUUCUGCCUUGAUGGCAAGACGGCGUCAGGAAGUUUCAGUUGUGAAUCACAUUACUAUAUUAUUAUUAUUAUUAUUAUUAUCAGUGUGAGUACUUCUGUUUGUUUUGUUUCUAUAACUUGCUUUUUGUGUUCAUUAGUUUGACGUUUCUUUGCUUAGUUCAGGGAAUCGACUCCUGGAUCGCUAUCUGGUGGAAAUGGUUACUGUACACCUGCAGUUGUAGUGAACCACUAGAGUGAUUUAAUAGCCACCAACUGUUUGUUUGUUUUCUGAUUCCAUCAAAAAUAAAAUACAGAAGUAGUUUGUGUAUA